AUGCUAGGAACUUGCUCCGCUGUGUCCUUGCUGCUCGCCGUAAUAAUGCUUGUAUACAUUGUCCACAGGUCGUUAGGGCCCAAGAGAAAGAUCUGCAGUGGCCCAUGCUCAUCGGCAACCGUUCCGCUUCCACCGGGGCCGUUACCGUGGCCGGUGGUUGGUAACCUUCCUGAGAUGAUGCUCAACAAGCCGGCGUUCCGUUGGAUCCAUCUUUUGAUGAAGGAGAUGGGCACCGACAUCGCCUGCUUCCGCCUCGGCGGUGUCAACGUCGUCACCAUCACCUGCCCCAAGAUAGCGAGGGAGGUGCUCAAGAAGCAGGACACGAACUUCUUGUCCCGGCCGCUCACCUUCGCCUCUGAAACCGCCAGCUGCGGGUACAAGAACGCGGUGCUCUCGCCGUUCGGGGACCAGUGGAAGAAGAUGCGGCGGGUGUUCACCUCCGAGAUCGUUUGCCCAUCCCGCCACAAGUGGCUUCACGACAAGCGCGCCGACGAGGCCGACAACUUCACAAGCUAUGUCUACAACCUCGCCACCGGCACUAGCUCUAGGGGGUCGUCGGACGCCAACAAUGUCGAUGUUAGGCACGUCACACGUCAUUACUGCGGCAACGUCAUCCGCCGGCUUGUGUUCGGCAGGCGAUACUUCGGGGAACCUCAGCCCGACGGUGGACCGGGGCCGCUGGAGGUGGAGCACAUGGACGCUUCCUUCACCGUCGUGGGGAUCCUCUUCUCCUUCUGUGUCAGCGACUACCUCCCGUGGCUGCUUGGUCUUGACCUCGACGGCCACGAGAAGGUGGUUAAGGAAUCCAACACGAGGAUGAAUAGGCUGCACGACAUGGUCAUUGACGAGCGUUGGAGGCAGUGGAAGGGCGGCGAGCUGAGGCUGGACGAGGUGGAAGAUUUCCUCGACAUUCUCAUCACGCUCAAAGAUGGGGAUGGCAACCCGUUGCUUACCGUCGAGGAGGUCAAAGCAAUGUGCAAGGACAUGGUAUUAGCAGCGAUAGACAAUCCAUCCAACGCCGUGGAGUGGGUGCUGGCAGAGAUGGUGAACAACCCGGAGUUGCUGGCCAAGGCGGUGGAGGAGAUGGACCGAGUGGUCGGUCGGGAGCGGCUGGUGCAGGAGUCCGACAUCCACGAGCUUAACUACCUCAAGGCGUGCAUUCGCGAGGCGUUUCGACUGCAUCCCAUCGCUCCCUUCAACGUGCCGCACGUCGCCAUCACCGACACCAUCGUCGCCGGCUACCGCGUGCCCAAGGGAAGCCACCUCCUCCUCAGCAGGACCGGCCUGGGCCGAAACCCGACCGUCUGGGACGACCCGCUCAGCUUCAAGCCGGAGCGCCACAUGGGAGACGGCGUCGAAGUGGCGCUCAUCGAGAACGACUUGAGGUUCAUCUCCUUCAGCACCGGCCGCCGUGGUUGCAUUGCAGCAUCGCUAGGAACAGCUAUGAGCGUCAUGCUCUUCGGCAGGCUCCUACAGGGCUUUACAUGGGCCAAACCAGCUGGAGUAUCGGCCAUCCAUCUCAUGGAGUCCAAGCAAGACCUCUGCUUGGCAAAGCCAUUGGUGCUGCACGCGGAACCACGCCUGCCGGUGCACCUCUACCGUCAGAGCACUUGAAGCUUGAUCCAUCACGGCGUGCCAUGCAUGAUGCACCCUGAACGGCUGAACCCCAUCUCUUCUCUUUCCAUUUUUUGU